AUGGGCGUCACUGUUGAAUCCAUCUCGGCCGGAGACGGCAAGAACUUCCCCAAGGCUGGUGACAAGGUCUCCAUGCACUACGUCGGCACCCUCGCCUCCAACGGCAGCAAGUUCGACUCGUCCCGCGACCGUGGCUCCCCCUUCCAGACGGCCAUUGGCGUCGGCCAGGUCAUCCGCGGGUGGGACGAGGGUGUGCCCCAGCUCUCCCUCGGCCAGAAGGCUAAGCUCAACAUCACCUACGACUACGCCUACGGUGACCGCGGCUUCCCCCCCGUCAUCCCUGCUCGCGCUGACCUUGUCUUCGAGGUCGAGCUGCUCGCCAUCAACGGCAAGAGCGCUUAG